AUGACAUACCUCGACGACUUGCAAAAGAAAUAUCCAAAUCUUGCACUCAUCCUUCUGGGAGUUUCAAUUGGAGCAGCCACUGUGCUCGACAUAACCGGAGUAUUCACUAAUUGCUGGAUUAGCAAUGGCAAAAAUUGUACAGGCAUAGUGCCUUUUGAUUCGUCGGAACCUGCGUGGCUUGCUGUAUCCAGUUGGAUGUUGUUCAUAUCGGUUGGAGUUAUGGUUAUCAUGAUUGCUACAUAUAUUGUUGUAGUAAUUAAAGUCCUGAAACACGGUUAUCACUCCAAUCUUCGCAAAUGGCUCAUCACCAUUCGUAUCUUAUCAGUUCUCUAUUUUUCGCUUAUUGUUAUCUCUAUCAUAGUUAUGAAAUCCUUUCUUGGUAUAUAUACACCAUCAAUCUGGCUGGGAUUGUCGUGUAUUUUGACAGCCUGCUCGGCAUUACCUCUCUGCUGGGUCCAAUGCGGUCUACAUCUUGUACAACGGCAGUGUAUUGCGACUUGA